CGGCGAGCCCCCGGUCCCCAACUCUUUACCCUCUUCCCCGUUUCGCCUAGCGUAUCUCCUGAACCCGGAACCUGGGGCGCGCGGAACCACCUUGGUGUAGCGCAAGCGCCGCAGACCCGGAGGACGAUGGAGGGGACGCGCGGGCCGGGGGCCGACUCUCCUGAAGAGGAGGAGACGGGGUCGGCCAUGGCGGCUAUGGUGAUGGCUGCUGGUGGCGCGGGCCCAGCUGUCCUGCAGGUGGCCGGGCUCUACCGAGGCCUGUGCACGGUGCGGAGCCGCGCCCUGAGCCUUGGGUUCGUUUCACCCGCCCAGCUGCGCGCUUUCCCUAUGCGCCUCGGCUCAGGCCGGCCUUCUGGGGGCGCGGAGGGCAGUGGGGUCGGGGCCGAGCUCGAGGCCAACCCCUUCUACGACCGCUACCGAGACAAGAUUCAGCAGCUGCGCAGGUCUGACCCAGCUGCUUUUGAGUCUCGCUUAGAGAAGCGCAGUGAGUUUCGAAAGCAGCCAGUGGGGCACUCACGACAAGGUGAUUUUAUCAAGUGUAUGGAGAAGACAGAUACCUUGGGGAAACAGUCUAUAAGCAGAGGAUUCACUAAGGACAAGACUCUCAGUUCAAUCUUAAACAUUGAGAUGGUGAAAGACAAAACUGCAGAAGAAAUAAAACAGAUUUGGCAGCAGUAUUUUGCAGCAAAAGAUACAGUCUAUGCAGUUAUUCCURAAGAGAAGUUUGAUUUGAUCUGGAACCGGGCACAGUCCUGUCCAACAUUUCUGUGUGCACUACCAAGAAGGGAAGGUUAUGAGUUCUUUGUAGGACAGUGGACAGGUACUGAACUCCACUUCACUGCACUUAUAAAUAUUCAGACCCGGGGGGACACUGCAGCCAGCCAGCUGAUUUUAUAUCACUACCCUGAACUUAAGGAAGAAAAGGGCCUAGUACUGAUGACAGCAGAAAUGGAUUCCACUUUUCUGAAUGUUGCUGAGGCACAGUGCAUCGCCAACCAAGUCCAGCUCUUCUAUGGCACUGAUCGGAAAGAGACCUAUGGUUUAGUGGAGACCUUUAACCUCAGACCAAAUGAAUUCAAAUAUAUGUCUGUCAUCGCUGAAUUGGAGCAAAGUGGACUUGGAGCAGAACUGAAAUGUACCCAGAACCAGGAUAAGACUUAGAGUUGUAAAGUUUGACCCUUCAUAGAGCAGCUCAGCCCUGGAUAAUCUAGAGCCCACCCACCCCCUUGAAUUUAAGAGUUCAGCACCUAAUGAGGAGUCUAUCUUGAGUUGCUCUAUGUGCUUAUUGCAAAACGGGAUUGUGGAGAUGAGCCCUAAUACUUGAUAUUCAGGAACAGAGGUACCCAAAUGUUCUGAUAAUUACCUCAGCACACUUGAGGUUUCCUUUUUAAGUAUUUCUGGUCAUAAAAAGAGACAGCCAGGAAGCUGCAGAAUGGUUGACUUGAUUUUACAUAAUAUAACAGUGCAGUUGCUCAUUUUUCCCAGUUAUGCAUCUUUGUGAACUUGUGCCAUGAUGAUAAACUUGAAGAUAUGUAGUUAGAUAUGGGUUUUAUAUACUUUUCCCAUGUGCCAGUCAGCUGGCCAAAAGCACAACCCAAAUAUCCUGUUAGGCUCUAAUAUAUGUUGUUAUAUAUUCCCAUCUAGAUGCACCGCCCCCCCCAGAGUUUGCUUUAGUAUAGCUGGUUUGGGGUAUCAGCAGAUUUCAGGUACAACUGGAUAAACAGAUAUAGUGCCUGUACAUUGUUAAACCACAAUUUGUGGUACCUAUGCCUCUAACUCUUCCUAUUAGAAGCUAUGCAUUUGAAAGGGGUGAAUCAGUACAGUGUAAAUAAAACACUUUUUUAAGGAGGAGAUCAUUCCAGAUUUGCAUGAUUUUUUUUUAACAACUAAGUAUUACAUGAAAAAAUGGUUAGACACACAUGUUCCCAGAUUGUGAGAAAUUGUAGCAAUAAUAAAAUCUGGCUCACAGUCUGUUAUACAAAAUAGUGAAAUCUAAGCUGUGUGCCGUCUGUCCAUGGUAUCAGUGCUGUGGGUUGAUUUUAUCGAAACUCAUCUUAGAGCUAGGCAUAUGGCUAAGUGUUAGAGCACUUGCCUGGCAUGAGUGAGGCCCUGGGUUUGAUCUCUCAACACCAAAAAAACUUCAUCUUGGGACUCCACAAUUUCUUGAAACUCCAGAAAUAAGAAAGUUGUUCUUCAACACUGGAAACUCAUGUGUGAUUUGUAGUAUCACUGUUACGGCUCUAAGCUCAAUGAGAAGAGAAUGGUGGUUACACUCCAUCCUUCUGAGCUCAAAGUGCCUGGCACCUGCUGUAUUAUUGUUAAUCACCUGUACCAUGCCUUCCCUUUUCUUUAUCUAAUGUGCUCCAAUUGUCUGCUACCCCUUUGGAAGAUCUGGGUGACACCGAAUUAUGCAUCUCACUGAGUACCCAGGCUGGCCUCAAACUUGCAAUUCUCCUUCCUCAGCUUCCCAAAUCACUUGGAUUACAGGCGUGCAACACCAUACCCAGUGCUAUAGUGCAUUUUUCAUAACACCUCCACUAGAGGUGAGAAGAUGAUGAAAAAAGAAGAAAUGGCCAUUUGUUUAAUGGUUCYCCUCAUCUUUGCCCUCAAUCCCAACUUGCCAAAGAAGGAUGUAUCCAUGGAUAAAUUGUAUUGAGUGUGAAUAAAGUACCAUCUGGCUGUUCUUUAUAUUUAUUUACCUAGAGAGAUCUAACAAAGAACUAAAAGAAAAUUGUAACAUUUAAUCAAUUAAUUUGUCCCCAGUGUCAGUAUGGUGUUAUAGAAAAUUGGCAGACUUUAAGAGAAUCUGGGUUCAAAUGUUCAAAUGUUUGCUUUUCUCUUUACUUUAUAAUGUUGAAUAAAUUAAAUUCUGUAAUUCUUAUUUUUUCAUCUGCAAAAUAGGGAUUAUUAUACCUACCUCAUAGGAUUAUUCUAAGAAUUGUUACCUUAUAUAGACUGUAAUAAAACUUGAUAAAUGGCAACCCCUUCCUCCUUUCCCCUGCUCCUCAUUAAAGACUAACACGGCUUAGUAUUUCAUAUGUACAGAUCAUUCCUCAUUCCAAUUAAAGGACAAACCCUAUGUCACUGGUUCUCAAGUGGAUUCGCUCAGAGUAUUUUAAAAUACAGAUACCCAGGCCCCUGACCUACUUAAUCAGAAUGUUGGGUGCUGGUAAUCUGCAUUUUAAUAAUAUAUUCCAGAUACUUCUAAUGUAAGUAAUUACUGAGCCACAUUUGACAACCAUUAUUUA